CUGUGACAGCCAGUUGCAUAAAUAUUGACAGGGAGCGGCAUUGGUUAAUUUAUUUCUUAAAAAAUUAUUUGUGGGUGGUAUAAAAGUGCAAUUUUGUAUUUUUUUAAACGUGUAUCGAAGAAUUCAGAAUGGAUCUUAAUCUUUCGGCCUUCAGAGAACCCAGAGGGGUGAUGAGAGUUCUACAUUUUGUUUUCUCAAUUUGUGCUUUUGCGACAAUAACAGGAUACAGCGGUUACGUCUUAUUCAAAUGCGCAGAUGAAACUUCUGUGAAAAAGGACUUUCAAUACCCAUUCCAACUACGCUAUUCUACGGUAAAUGUGUCCAUGUGUACAACUUCAAUUAUGGGAGACUAUUCUUCAGAUGCCAAAUAUUUUGUAGCUACUGGUGUUCUGUCAAUGUUGUAUUCUCUUGCAAUUUCAGUAGUGUAUAUAAAAUUUGAUGAGACGUACAAAGGCAAUAACCAGCUGCCAAUGAUUGAUUUUGUCAUAACAGUUAUUUUUGGGGUUUUGUGGCUUUCUAGCAGUGCUGCUUGGGCUAAUGGUCUGACUGGUUUGAAGAGUAUAACAGAACCAAUAUUGACAGGUGACUGUAAAUGUUCAGUUACCUCCAGUAACUUCUCAACUUUAAACAUAUCUGUGAUUUUUGGAUUUCUAAAUUUCUUCCUGUGGGCAGCUGAUCUUUGGUUCUUGUACAAAGAAACAGCAUGGUUUCAGGGAAACCAACCACAAGUUACUAGCGGAGUAUAAGUUACAGUUAUAUUUACUUGUUUCUCAUCUGAACUAGUCAGUUAUUUAUGCACAAUCGUUUUAAAUGAGUUGUAUUUUGAAAAUAGUUGAAGGUUAAGUAGUGUGACUCUGGGAUGUUAACACAAGAAAUGAAGUACAACCUUCCCCUAUUCAAUUGUUGUCCAUCCAUUGUUUGAUAUUAUAGUUUUUUAAAUUACUCUAGCAUCAUUAUUCAUCAAGAUCAAAGUGUUUUUAAGCAAUUACAUACACUCGUGUUCUUUUUUUUUUGUUGAUUGAUACACGGCAACUUUAUUCUUUAGUUUUGUUUGCAGUAAGGAAUAGUGUAAAUCCCUUAGACACGUCAAAUGUUGAAUAUUUGUAGAAUAUUAGUUUUACUCAAAGGUAAAGUAGAAAAUCUCGAUGCAAUAACAUUUUCAAUUUUGUUUUAACAGUUAUUAAUAGUUUGCUAAAGCUGUGGUGUUAAUGAUUAUGUCAACAAUAAAAUCUGAUGCAGCCAUUGCACGACACCUUAUGUUUAAACUUAUUAUUUUGUUCUCCUGUACCUAUGUGGCAUUGCAUUAACUGUUAAUAUCCACUGCCAUAUCUGUCGAUGUAUGAAAAAAUGGAUUGUACAUACUUAUUUUUUUUGUUUAGUAAGUUCGUAAAUAUAUUUUUUUACCUUA